CAAAUGGUUGCAUCGAAUUUUAUAUUUCCUUGGCCUAUAUAAACAAAGCAACACUACAACACAUUACAACACACAAAAUCACUUCUGUGAAAUACUCUCACAAAUUGAUCUCAGUUUCAUCAAUGGCUCGCUCCUUCAAUAACAUCAAAGUUAUCUCUUCUCUUAUUGGUGAUGGUUUCUUCAAUUCUCUUACCAGACGAGGAUACGCGGCGGCGGCAACACAAAACGGGACAAGAGGGGUAGCAACCUCCGUCAGCGGCAAGAUGGUAGCACCGAAAUCAGGGACAGACAAGGUGGCAAAUAAAGAAAAGGUGUCAUGGGUCCCAGACCCUGUGACUGGUUACUACAAACCGGAGAACACCAACGUGGUUGAUGUUGCUGACCUACGAGCCACUGUUUUGGGGAAAAAGUAAAAUUUAGAAUCAUUCUAUUUUCAACGGGUUGUUGUUAUUGGUGAUGGUGGUGAUUUUAAAUUGGGUGGCCUCUUUGUUCAAUUUUUUGUUCUCAUGUGUAAGCUUUAAUUUAGAAAUGAAAUUAAAAUUAUGAUA